AUGAACCCCCACAUCUCUGUCCCUCGCCAAAAUGCUGGUUCUUCCAAUUUUGGCUCCAUGCCCAGUCGCGGGUCGACUGUGCGCAUGCCGCGUUUCUUCAAGAGACUCUUCAAAUUUCCCCAGAUGGACUUUGAAAUGGCAAUCUGGGAGAUGACUUCUUUAUUGAUCGCCCCGAAGAAGGUCUUCAAAUCCAUAUACUAUCAUAAACAAACUAAAAACACCUGGCAUCGCCCUGACCCGUCUUUCGCAUACCUCCUCUCCUUCUUUCUUCUCCUCACAGCUCUGGCCUGGGGCCUCGCAUACACCCCAUCUUUUGGCUCUAUUGUGCGCUUAUCAUUCCUCUUCAUAUUCGUGCACUUCAUCGGCUCCUCCCUCCUAGUCUCAACUAUCGGCUACUUCAUCAUCGGCCGAUUGUUCGGUCCCAAUGGUGCCGCCGCUUCUCUGGCCGGUCUUCGUGGUUCGAGGAGCCGCCGACGAGGCGCUGCUCAGGGCCUGUUUGUACAACCGGGCGAGAAAGAUCAAUUGGAAUUUGGAUACUGUUUCGACGUCUCCAAUCGCGCCUUCUUCCCACUCUAUCUUCACCUCUAUGUGGUGCAAUUUGUGCUUCUUCCCAUCCUUACCCGCAGUCCGAGUAACUUCUUGGCUACCUUCUUGGGCAACACACUCUACCUCUCCGCCCUGAUAUACUACACCUACAUCACAUUUUUGGGCUACAACGCCCUGCCAUUUCUACAUAACACAGAAUUGCUUCUUAUCCCUAUUGUCAUCUUCGCUGUCUUAUGGCUUGUCAGUCUGAUUGUCGGUUGGGGCGUUGUCAUGCAAGGCAGAAGUGUUGUAGGCCUGUUCUGGGGUGUGUAA